UUUUUUUUCUAUUUUUUUAUUUUGGUGCGAAAAAAAUAAUCCACUAAAGUCAUAAAUUUAUUAGCAAAAACCUAAAGUUUUCAAUAUGGGAGACUCUCUCGAUUCAGUUCCCUUUAAUCCCUUUGAUCAUAGUUGGCGUGAGACCCUAAAUGGCGGAGCCGGAUUGUUUGCCUUAGCGGUUGCCAUAAUUUUUGCAUUUAUUAUAAUUAUUGUAUUCAUUAUACGAAUCAUUCAAUUACCCCGCCUCCGCCAGCAAAUUAUCAAUGAUUUCAAUGAUGGCAUGGUUGACAACACUCGAAGUGUCCCUACAAGAAUACUUAAAGUGAUCAUUUUCUUGUUACUAACUGCCGGAUUAGUAGGAGUAUUAUAUUUCAAUAUUUCCAAAAUGAUACAUGAUUCCCCCAAGAUAUCUGUGACGUUAAUAAAGAACGAUAUGGCUCCAUCUAUGCUUUUUUGCAAUGGUGGAAAUAAAACUUUUAGUCUUAAAUAUAUUUCUGGCGAAUAUUAUCCUAUUUUUAAUGAUAAUUCUGAUAAUCCUGAAUCUUAUUCCAUUGUUUUAACCGAUAUUAAAGGAGAAUAUGGGACAUGCCAAUUUUUUAAUGGUACAAAUUUUCUUAAGCCAAUAAAUGCCAGUAGAGGAGACUAUGUACUAAACUUUAUAGGUGAUAUUCCCGGUAUUAUUGUUUUCAUUGGCGAUAACAAUACGAAUAUGGAUUGGACUCUUCGCAUUCCUCAAGGAAGCUUGCUUAGUGAUGUAGGGGUUCAAGUGUUAGAUGGAAAUGGUGGGGUUAUCCAAUAUACAGAGACCCGUCAUACAGCUUUAAACGAUACCGUGGAUAGAAGCUUUCAGAUCUCUGUCAUUGAAGGACCUUUUAAUGUCGAUGAAACAAGUAUAAGAGUUACCAUAAUCGAACCAAGAAUGGUCAUAAAUCAGGUUGAAGAUCCAUCCCUCACGCUAGCCGACCUUUUUAGUAACGUCGGUGGUUACCUUGGCAUCUGGGGAAUUUUCGGCUUUCUCUUUGGUAGUAGCAAGAUGGACCCAUUCGGGUUUGUGGCACGGUUUGUAUUCAUAAAACAAGAUAGGACAAAACUUCUUAAGGAAUUAGGAAAAAUGAAAGGUGAUAGCAAUGUAGAAUUAAGCACCUGGGAAAAAGAGGAAAAGGAGGUUGAUAUUGACACCAAAACGAGUAAUCUAAGCAAUCAAGCUGAAUUCAAAAACCUCCUUACAAAAUACUAUGUCGAAACAGAUUAUUACGAACAUGCCGUUAAGACGCCCGAAAAUGUAUACAUAAAUAAAGUAUGAUAGUUAUUUAAUGUCU